CGUCGUCGUCGCCUCCUGCCCCGCCGCCGCCAGCAUGAAAGUCCUCGUUGCUCUGUUCGCCUUCGUGGCCGUCGCCAGUGCCCAGACUGAAGCCUGGUGUCGCUGCGCCGCCUUCAUCACCCACGAGCACUCUGAAGUAGUCGUGUACCGAGCUCCAGAGAUCCCCAUCGAAUCCUGCACAGAUGACGUCAACAAGUGCAAGAACGCGUGUACCAAUGAGCUCAACGCCCUCUCCAACAAUGGCGACCUGUGGAUGAUGCAAGAAAGUGGAAUUACCGUCGGCCAGAGCAUCUGCACCUACCUCUCCGACCGCUUCGUCUUCUUCGUCCACAACAAGAGC